UCCUAAUCCAAAGCUCAAAUUUUUCUUAAUCAAUUCUCUCUCGAAUUUCAAUUCUCUUUACCAUCUCCUGUUUUCCUCUAAUGGGUAAGCAAAGCCGGUCUAAGAUGCCGGAGAAGUUUGGCAAAGGGAAGGUUACCCCAAUGCAGGUAGCAUUCAUAGUGGAUCGGUAUCUCUUCGACAACAAUUACUCCGGGACUCGUUCUGUGUUCCGAAACGAAGCAUCUUCUCUCAUUUCAAAAUCCCCAGUCAGGGAGGCACCAAGUAGUUUGUUGAGUUUGGGGGCGAUGUUGGAUGAGUAUAUAUGUUUGAAGGAGCAGAAGGUGAUUUUGGAGCAGGAGAGGGUGCGCUUGGAGGAGGAAAUGUGCAGGGUACAUGCGCUAUUGCAAGGAAUGCAGAAUGUGAUGAACAGUUACAAUGCUAGUGCCGGUGCAUCAGUGCCCAUGAUCCCCAAUGCCCCUGCAGCACCAAAAGCAGUGGUUGCUGUUCCACCAUCAGCUUCUCGCGGGGGUUCCCUGCCAGGCCAUCCUGUGUCUGUGUCUAGCACCCCUAACCCCAUGCGAGAGCAAGGCAGUUUCUCUUACCCACUAAUGAGUCAAGUGUCCGCUAGAAAGAAAAGGAGCUCAGAGGUUGUCAUAGAUCCCUCAUCAGCAGCAAAGAAAACUCGAUCUAAGACAACGUUCACAAGGUUGACUGACCAAGGAAUUGAUAAUGCCAUUAAUAAUCAAUUGACUGCUCGGCCAUCCUCUGUGGAUCAAUCAUCACCCCAGUACUGUGUAGCCAAUGAAUUGACUGUGCAAGGGUCUAGUGUUGCUAAGUGUUUGUUCAAUCAGACGCAGCUAUCUCCUCCAUGCAGCUCAUCUGGUCCAAACACACCCCCACAAUCCUCUCAGACUGAUAAAUCAGCUACUCCAAUUGGUAUUCCUUCCCCAGUUAAUUGCAGUAAAACUCCUGAAGAGAUCACUCCUACCAACGAUACUAUAAUCUCAACACAGAGAGCUAGAUUGACUCCAUUGAAAAAGAUGACAUGCUACCCUAUUGAAAGAAACAAUUGCGUUUCUUCUUGCUUACCAGCCAAGACAAAUUUGAAGAGGCUGGGUAAGAGGGAUCAUGUGAAAGGCAGGCUAGAUUUUGGCGAUUCUGAUGUGGCUGUGAACUUGGAUCAGUCAGUAGCUGAUGAUAUCACCACAUCCGCGUCUGAAAAGCAGGCAGAAGCAGAUUACUUUGACAUGGAUCUUCCCAUGGAUGCUUUUGGAGAAAAUUUCUUCUCUGAACUUCUAGUUGAUCUUGAUCUUGGCUGUGAAGGAAUUAGCUAUCCUUGCCAACCAACACCCUGUGCAUCUGGGGACACUUUGUCAAGGUCAUCUCAUGAAUCAGGGUUUUUAGAGAAAGAUAGAAAUGAACAAGGACCUGAAACUGUGACAUCUAUGAAGUCCAUAACGAAAUGCAUCAGAAUUCUAAGCCCUGCAAAAGGUAGCACGAAUUCUUUGCGACAACAAAAUUGUUCUGCUUCAAAUUAAAUGGUUUUACAAUGAAGACGAUUCUUUGAC